CCCAGUUUUAAGAAGGUAGGGAUUAGACCAUUGCUUUUUUUCCUCCUAGUGCUGAGAGCCAUACCUCCCCCAUCCUCCAAAACAUACAUUAAUUCUGGUCCUUCACUCAAUUUUACCCCUUUACCUAGUUUCCUAGUGCCCUCCCACCUUACCAUUAUGCUCUGAGGGGUAUGUCUCUGUGAAAUCACAGCUGCGUCACAAAGGAACAGAGAGCAGAGAAGUCUGGGGAGGGACCCUCUUCCCAUGAUUGGAAAUAAGGAAAUUGGAAUGGGCACCUGGGUCCCUGUGAGAAGAUCUAGGGCUAGGGAGGACAAGACCGCCCACAAGAGUUUGAUCUGAGUGGGGGAAAUGCUUUGAGUUCCCUAAUUUCUAUGUUCCCUCCCUCCACCUAUGGUGCUUGUAAAACAACAAAAGGGGUCAGCACCCUGGCCCCAAGCCACAAUAGGGACCAUAUCCUUUCUUAUAAGUCUGUUCCUGUGGCCACUCGUGGACCCCGGCAAUGCCUGCCUCUCACUAGAUACAGUCAACCACUGGUGGCUGCUGCUGCUAGCUCCCGUGCACCAUGAGAACCCCUGGCACCUGGCCUGCAAUGUGGUGGGACUAUGGCUGACUGGGCGUCGUUUGGAACUUUCUGUGGGCACAGGCUUAUUGCUAGUCCUGAUGACCUCUGCUGCCCUGUUCACUGGUUUCCUUCACCUUGCCCUCAACUUGGCCAUGGAGGUCACACUCCAAGAAAGUAGUUACCGAGCUGACUGUGCGCUUGGCUUCUCCGGUGUCCUGUUUGCCAUGCAGGUGAUGUCCAGUUCCGAGAACUCCCUUGUGGGAAAUCUAUUAUUGUGCCUAGCAGAAUCUUUGGUGGCCAGCUACUUCGCCCCCAAGGUCUCCUUCAGCGGACAUUUGACAGGGGUCCUGGUGGGUCUGGCCUACCGCUGGGGACCGAUGCGGGACCUCUCACAUACUGGGGCCCACCGGAAAUAAAAGCUAAGCUAAACUCUUUCCCCUCACCAACUACAAGCAACAAAUACAGCUGAACAUGCCUCAACCUCAGCCUUCACGGUUACUUUGGGCGUGGGAAAAGGGAGUCCCGGGUGGGAGAUUGCAGGGAUUGGUAGCUUGGAGCUGAGGUAGAGUCGCCUAAACGCUACAAGAUAUCGAAUAAGACGUGUAAAUAAGGGUGGGAGAGCUAGAUGGUAGCGGCGAACGCCUAUUGGUCAGUGUUUGGCUGACAAAUCCCAAGAUUGGCCCGCGGCUAAAUCCUCGAAUUAAGUCCCUGUGAACACAAUACUCCUUUCCUAGCCCCUCCACAAUCCCAAGAUUUUUUGCUCUUGUCAGUAAAGCGACUCUAAGCAAUUUGCUGCAAUGCUACCCUGUGGCACAUGCCCUGCUUUAAAUCAAUUCUCCCCCUAUCUAAGCUAAAUCCUAGUUUACCUCCUCCCAGCUACCAAGCCUUAUUGUUACUCCAGGCCGUUGGGGAUUAAGCCCCAGGAGUUUAGAACUCCGAGCCGCCGCAGCAUCCACUGUCUUAACAUCUCUCCAGCCACAAGAUCCACCCACCGCUCAGGGUCUCUAAGAAACUCGCAGGGAAGGCAGACGAGGCUAACCAGGCACCACUGCGCCACUUCCCCUCCCUCAACCCCCCUGCAAGGCUGAAGUCGAGGGCUAGGAGACAGCCAUGAACUCAGGCGAGAGCUGUCCUGAACUGGCUCCGUUUAAGCGAACUUAGUCUCACUUGGCAGAGUGUGUGUAAAUUAGAUGAACUCUGUCUUCAUCUCCACUUAACUUCCUUGGCCUCCCUUCCCCUAGCUGCCUCUAAGCCUAGAUCAAUUCUUCGAUCCCGUGCCCGGAAGACGGAGCUGGGGACAUGCCGUGCUAGGGUGGGUGAGAGGGGUUGGAGGACUUCAGCGUCCCAAGCCCUCCACCGAGUCACAGACUCGCCCUGGCCUUGUCGUCCUGACAUAUAGCCUGGAGGCCACCUGUGGAAGCAAAAGCCGCAGCUGCUCCGCUUCUUCAUACUCUGCGCACCCUCCAUGGCUAGAAUGCGCCAGACCUAGGGACGGCGAGUUUGCUGGUGCCAGUGCGCUUCUGGGCCACCGUGUAAUACUGCAACGCUACAACUCCCUCCCUCCAGCAGUCUGGGAAUGGCGGCUGGCAAUGAGAGCACGUGACAGACAGACUUGGUAUAGCGUCAUACUGAAACUGCGCACGGGCCAGCUAGGGCACAAGCACAGCUGAGGGCCUCAGAUCUGGGAGGGGAAUAAACGAGGUCUAGGGAGUCCCGGAAGGGACUCCAAGACCUGUGAAGAUUGUUGGGAAACGAUGAUGUUCCUUUUAUCUGUGGGUUCUUUUAGAUCCCUCUCUCCGGAUACUGCAGAAAUAACACCACUGGGUCCCUUUCCUGUUUGCCCAUUCUGUAUCCUCAUAGCCUUCCUUUCCUCCAGGGUGGAGUCUGGGAGAGGAUUCUGGGGUCCGAGACACUAUUGUGUUGCCAGGUGGUGUGACCCGUAAUCCUUCGACCCUAAGAAGCGGGCUGCAUACUCUCUGUACCGGAGCUCGGGGGCACUGGGAAUCAGGGAAGUCCUAGGACUUCUAGAAGUCUGGGAAUACGGAAGCCAUGUCCCUCCCCUGCCGGCAGUCUGCCCAGUCGUUGGGCCUAAGCCUGUGCCUGUAGCAUACAUACCAACGCUUUGUCCUGGAACUGGACAGUUCGGUUCCCAAGGACCCCAGGGAGGUGUAGUAUCCAUAAGAUUGUGCCGGACACUCUAAAGUGACCUAGUAGGACCGGGUUAGGCAAUGAGCAGUGCCUUGCAGGGACCUUCCCCGGGGACCCCCCAAUAGCCCAGCAUCAGAGAGCCCCUAAGUCUCAACUGUUAGCCAAGAUUACAUCCAGAUGAGUCCCUCUCUCCCCUCAGGUUCUGAGGUUUGGUUUAAGAGGAAAGUCACCCUGGAAGCAAUGUCCUCUGGACAGAUACCGCUAGAGCCAAGUGGUAGUGGUUGAGAGGAGACACUAGGAUGGAGGCUGCAGGCAACUUUGUGCACAAGAGGCAUCAAGGCCAAGGGGUACAUUACUGUGAUGGAAUCGCACUAGAAAGGUACAUGGCUUCCUUUGUAUCCUGUAAUGGAGAGUGCGGUGAGACUCAGGUUGCCAUGAGUGAGUACAUGAUCAUCGAAGUAAAAUAAAGCCCUUCCCAGAAUCACCUCGGACCUCCAGCUCCCUUGCCCCACUCCUCAGUGCCAGCACAGUGAAAAAAAGCUUUUUCCUGGCAUUCCACAGGGCUGUCAAACUGACAAACUCCUGGGCUCCCAGAAUGGAAUACAUAGGCAUUUAAAGUUCAGACUACAUAGCCAUGAAAACUAGAACAGAAAAGGGGUAACCUCAACUAGAUCGACAUGGAUCUAAAGCAGGUCUAAAUAAUCAGACCUAGAUUCAUCCUCAGAUUCCUAUGAGACAAAGAAUCAAAUUCAGAAGGUCCAGCGAAAACUCUGUAGACCAGAGCGUUCUUGUCAACCUUUCACUCCUUUAUAGUCUUGAGUAAUUAUAGUCAGCUGUUUUCUUCCAGGCAAUUUGGUUG